AUGGCCGAGAACCCGGAGGAGACGCACAUCCACGACGAAGAGGAGGACAAGGCCGAUAACUCGAGCUCCGACGACGACUCAUCCUCCUCCAGCUCGGGAUCCUCGUCCUCGUCUUCCUCCUCUGACUCGGAGUCGGAGGACGAGGCUGAGACAGAGAACGCCAACGCCGGCGCAGACGCCAGCGGCUCCAAGCACGCCACUCCUCACGGAGGAGGCAUCGCCAGCCGCACUGGCCAUGGCUACCCCUCCAACAAUACGGGCCCGGCACUGUCUGCGCCUCGCCCUCAUGGCCUCGCUGCGACUACGGAGAGUCUGAACGUGAACUCGACGCGAGCGGCGGCGAGAUUUAAAGCCUCAGAGACAGAGGCGAUGAUGCCGCUGGGCACCCGCAAGCGCGAUCGACGUACCAUCGAGGAAAUCCAAAGAGACUUACGUGAUAAGAGGAAGAAGCCGCUGGGCGCCCCCGCUGCGAGGUCCAGUCCUCCUCCGCCGAAAGGAUCGCCGGUGAGGUCUCCAGAAGCCGAAGCUGUGGUGAACAGCGGCGCUCCGAUGGCUGUGGGUGGUCCGCUGGGUCAGUUCGGAGCAGUGGGACGACUGCCAGUGAAGAGGAAACCAGUGUCGGCACAUGACAGAUUGGCGAUGAAACUUAAUGGACGCAGGACCACCAGCGCCAAGGCGAAGAAGCCCGCCAGCUCGACUGCUGGAAGCACCACGGUACCGCCGGUUUCGGUAAUGACCAACAAAACUGUUACGAAGCCCAUGACUGCGACAAGUUCAGGGGGAAUCGCUACAGGAAAUAGUAGCAGCAGUGAUCAUGGAGGGGAUGCGGGGGGCGAUGGAUAUAGCAGCAGCGUGAGCAAGUCGUCAGCUCCUGCAGUCGACGGAAAAGUGGUUCGCGCGAUGCUUCGUGCAAUGCUUCGCUACGGAGACCUGACCGAUGUAGGUCUCUAUCCGAAAGCCGCGAAUUUCGCAGACGAGUACAAGAUGCCUAGCUUUAUCGAGCGGUCAAAUCUGCAAGCGACUACCAAGGUCUCCAUGGAUCGGCUGCAGACUCUCGCGAAUGAUGUCGCUCAGAAAGCCAAGCGUGCCGUCGAGGCACGACCACCGCACGAUAACAUCAAGAUCGCUGAAGUGGAGGCUCGAUCGUCACAGAUUAUUGAACGCCUAUACGAGAACCUCAAACUCCGGGUCGCUGUUCAACGCGCAUUGCGGACUGCUGGUUGCUCUUCAGGAAAUGCACAGGCUAAUGCUCAAGGGGCAUAUGUAUUGGUGGCGAAGCAGAGCGAUCUCUCCGUGUUGGGAGUUCAGACCCGGGACUUGCCGAGCUGGACUUGGGCUGAAAAGGAACAUGACUGGUCUCAGCGCAAGGAUGCAGCGUUGCUUCUUGGUGUUUACGUCCAUGGAUUUGGGGGUUGGGAAGACAUCUUGAAUGAUGAUUUGCUUCACUUCCAAGGGCAACGAGCUCUAAAGGGCGAACGCCUAAAGAAACGUGCUGAAAAUCUGCUGAAGCGCCUGCCUGCACCUGAUGUGGACGCUGGCGAUCCACGCAUUGUCCAACUCGCUAUCUCGCUGAGUUCUGCUGGUGCCAACUCGAAUCAGUCUUUGGGUGCGCAAUUCAGUGCCAUCAUUCAUAGUGGGGCCAUCGCUGGAGUUACAACAUCAAUCCCCGCUGUUCCGGCUACCGGUGGAGGGCGAAUGGCGCGUGCUGCGGAGCGAUUCGCUGCACGGCAACAAAAUGAAGAUACACUCGCCCGCCGGCACGUUGGGCUUAGCAACGGAACUUCCACAUCUAACGGUCAGGGAUCGGAUUCGGGGCGGCAGCACAAGACACCGGUCAUGAGAUCUCCUGCGCAAACAAGUGCUGUCGAUAAUGAACCAGAAGAAGGAGAAAUUGGAGGGGCGUCGCCGACGCAGUCAACAUCCUCGCGACAUAAAAGACGUUCGUCCUCGGCGGAGGAUGAAGAUCGGGCAUCGUCACGAAAGAAACAUCGCAAUAACAGCAGUGAUACUCCAAGUAAGAAGGAAAAGCGGAAGAAGGAGCACCGAAGAAGUGACCAGCCGGAGGCCCCUGCGGUGGUCGCGAGUACUGUGAAUGAUGUGGCCCCGUUGCCACUGCUUUCGACUGACGAAUGCUAUGAAAAGUGGAAACCGAACAAGAAGCUGCGCGAAAUCCGGCAAGUGCUGAAAAAGAUGAAGAUAAUGGCCGACUGGUCUCGAAACCAAAAGGACGAGACUGUCGUUGAGAAGGUCUUCAAGUAUGUGAGUACCAUCGGGGAAGAGAUCGAUCGCAUCGUGACACAGCACCAAGACAAGGAGGAGCGGCACCAUCCUAACGCGUCGUCUCGCGAGGUUGACGAGCUUUGCACAUGCCUUUGGACAUACGCCGCGGGCUUCACCCCGUUCACGCCCCAAGGUUUUGAGCGCCUAUACGACGACAUUUGUGCGGAUGGGGAUGCUCUUGUCGCAGCCAGAUCAUGA